UUCCUCACAUGUCUCCAGUCCAGUCUGUCAAAUCACCCAGCAUGUGAAGCCCCUGCGCGCCUGGAAAACUUUCUCUCUGGAUACUUCAUUAAGCGGCUAUAAACGCGCAUCUCUUCCGGAUCAUACUUUUGACUCGUCUUGGGGGCCUUUCUCUCUCUCAUACACUGGCUCAGAGGGCUUUCUGUGGACUGAGAUGGUGCCAUGCUCCGCUGGACAGCACCGCGUGUAUGUUGCUUGUGGAUCCUGCUCUCCAGUGUGUUGAUGUGGAGAGUCGACUGCUCCAGCGCGCAGAGCUGUCAUGAGGUGAAAACCGCUUUCCAGCUGCGCCAGGUCGGUUCAUUAAGAUGGGUUCCGGAGACCGCGGCGACAGAUGCAGAUCUUCUUAUCUGCAAACACCAGGGUCCCACGUGCUGCACCCGCAAGAUGGAGGAGAGCUACUACACCGCUGCCCAGAGAGACACACUCCAGAAUAUUCUCUCCUAUAGCUUCGAACUCAAAUAUCUCAUCCUGGGCCAUGCCUCUUCCUUCCAGGAUACCUUCCAUUCCCUGCUCUCCUUCAAUCUAAAUCAUACCUACUCGCUCUUCGACAGCACCUACGGGACGAUCUCUCAAGAUGCUAAACCCCUGGUGUCUACCCUCUUCUCUGACCUUGAACUCUACCUCCGUGGUGAUGCCAACACCGCUGUAGAACACUCGGUCCACAGUUUCUACGACAAACUCUUCCCAUUGGUGUACCAGCACUUGGUCAAUCCUGGCUUGGGUUCAGAUGUUUCUAUCUGGUCCUCCGAAGGAAGUGAGUGCCUACGUGCCACUCGACAUGACGUCAACCCCUUUGGCCCUCACCCGCAAGAACUUGCUCAGGGACUGUCCAGGGCACUAGUGGCUGGUCAUGCCCUCAGUCGGGCACUGGCGAUGGGUUCUGAGGUUCUCAAUGCCACCGAAUCAGUAGGAAUGGCGCGCCAAUGUGGACGUGCACUGGUGCGGAUGCUGUUCUGUCCGCACUGCCGUGGAUUGACCCUGAUCCGGCCUUGCGGAGGCCUGUGUCUCAAUGUGAUGCGGGGUUGCCUGGCAGGCCUAGCCGAGUUGGAUGGGCCAUGGAGACGAUAUGUAGCAUUGCUGGAGGGGCUGAGCGGGGCACUAUCAGGGGGAUACGAAGUGGAACUGGCACUUCUACGCAUCCGGGAAAGAAUUAAUGAUGCCAUCCUUACUGCACAACUCCAUGGACCACAUCUCAGCGCCGUGGUGGGUAAAGUUUGUGGUUCCUUGACCGAACCGGUUUCGUCCACUCCAGUCAGUCCCACCUCAAGAAGUUUGACUCCUUCAGUAAACCCAACCAGUGAACUCCAAACCUCAGUGAAAUCCUCAAGUCCUACAGCACUUCCUAAUACAGGCAACCAACAUGAGCACGUAACACUAAAAAGAAGGUCUCUGCCUCUGAAACCCUCCAAAAACGACAAACCCAGAAGCCUGAAAAAGAUUUCAAAGGAGUUUAUGGGCUACAUCCAGCGGUACAAAUCAUUCUUCUCCACCCUGCCGGAGAUGCUGUGCGAGGGGGAGGUCGUGAUGGAUGAAAACACCUGCUGGAGUGGAGAAGAUGUGGUAGAGAGUUAUACAGGUCACGUGGUGGGGAAUGGACUGAAAGCCCAGAAACACAACCCAGAGAUAAAGAUCAGAAGUGUGGAUCCAAUCCUGGUCAACGUGAAGGAAAAGCUAGAGCACUUCAACCAGGAGAUGUGGGAGGAGAUGGGUUUGGGAACAGAUGGCCGUGAGGACGUGGAGACCAGCAGCGGCGACGCAGCAGAAGGCAGCAGUGAGUGCGAUGAUGAAGACGGCUGUCAAGGAUCGGGCCGCAGUGAAGACCAGACAGUGCUCACUAAAAAGGAAAUCCAUGUACUAAUUCCACCACGGGACGCCAUUAUCCCAAUCCAGUCCCCCAAGUCCAGAUCCAAACCGGGCGCGCCCAACAAUGGAGUGGCUCACAUCCCAACCAUCUCAUCCUUCCUAUUUCUUCCUCUCUUACUCAUGAUACAGCUCCUUCUCCGGCCCGAUGGCGUCUGACGCACAGUAAAAAGACUGAAUUAUUCAAGCAUGCAUUUGCACUAGGUCCUUAGAAGUCCGCACAUUUGUCUUCUGAUCUCAUCAGAUGCUCAGUAAUUUCUCAUGUCGGCCUUACACAGGAUACGACUCUUCACAAACUGGUUAUUCAUUCGCUCUGGGCUGUUUUAAAGGGUUUAUGUAGCUACUAAGUAGUGUACACAGACAGAAAUGUGUGAUCAUGGUACACCAUCAUUUCUUUGGUGGCUUUACUGUCUUAUUUUUUAGUGUUGCUAUUUUGCAACUUUAUU